UUCAUUGGGAACACAUAGGUUGGAGUCUUGGAGCAACUAAAAAGAACAAACCCUAUGUGAUAUUUUAAAACGGGACUUAAGCAAAACAAUUCCGCUGUCAUUUUGUUGAGUGUGGUAGUGUGGUCGAUAUUCCUCCAGUUGUCGGGAUAUUACUUAGAGUUAGUCGGAUUCAGUUGUGGAAGCGAACGAAAGCAUUCAAGAUGUCUACUGCGGCGAAGCCUCAGCUCCAUGGUCUCCUCACAUCACAAAUUAAAAAGAAUCUUAUUGGAAUGACAAUAGCUAGUAUCAGUACAGCUAUUGCAUAUAAAAUUCUUGUUUGUGAUCGUAGGAAGCAGAGAUAUGCUGAUUUUUAUAAAACCUAUGAUGCAGAGAAACAGUUGAAAAUAAUGAACGAAGCUGGUCUUAUGCAGUCUUAUAUAAGCGAGGAAGCGAAGGAAGGCAAGAAUUAGAUUGAUAGAAAUCUAAGAAGAUGACGGAUAGUCUUCAUAAUUAUUACAUCUAUAUGUCAUAUAUAUAUAUAUAUAUAUA